UGUUCUUACCUCUACCUUCUCUUUAGAUAAUGGAGGAAAUUAACUCACUUGGGAGCACAGAAAUUCCGUCACACUCUGUUGUCCCUCUGUCUCCAACUAUCCAUGAUGUUCCCACACUGAGAGAUGGGGAGUGUUACCAUGUCUUCAUCAGCUACAGCAGCAAUGACUCACAGUGGACACACUUCUUGAUCGAGCAGCUGGAGUCCUUUGGCUUACAGGUCUGCUACCAUGAGCGGGACUUCACUCCAGGCCGCACCGUGUUGGAGAACAUGUCUGACUGCAUCCAGGAGAGCCAGAAGGUCCUGCUGGUUCUCAGUUCAGAGUUUGUGAGGAGCCGCUGGUGUCUCCUGGAGGCCAACAUGUCUCUGUUCAGGGACUGUCUGGAGAGGAAGCCCAUCGUCCCAGUGCUGCUGGAGCCAGGAGUCUCUAUUCCUCUCCACCUCUGCCCGACUUUAAGAAUAAGCUGCUCAAAGUGCUCUGCACCCCCAACCAGCAGCUCCAAGGCUCCACUGUGGUCCCCUUCCAGCCUCCCUCUAUCUACAAUGGGAAAGCCCUGCAGCCUUUGA